AUGUUCGGCUUCGUCCGCCUCCUUGCCGGCUCCUCGCGCCAGUGCAGCACGCACGCACGCGCCAUGCCCCGCAUGGCUGCCGUCGCCGCCCGCCUUCCCCUCGCCCGCCCCAUGGCGCCUCCGAUUGCCGCCCCCCAGGCCCUCAAGGCUGUCGGCCAGAUUCGCGGCAUGAAGGUCAGGAGCAGUGUCAAGAAGUUCUGCGAUGGCUGCAGCGUUGUCCGCCGCGGCCACAUUGAGUACUAUUUGCACUGCAUACCUUGCGCGCCGACGAUGGCGUGUGAUGUACUCAAGGUGUACGCUCAAGAACUCCUUGGCGGCCUUCAAUUAGUGACACUGGCUAUCCAUACGUCUUUGACAGCCGCUGACUUUGGCAGUAAGGGAAGAAUCUACAUCGUCUGCUCGAAGAACCCCAAGCACAAGCAGCGCCAGGGUUAA